GUUAAAAGUUGAGAAUCAGAGACAAUCCUGAAAUUAUAUGGGAAACACGUACUUAUCAGUAAAUAUUUUGUAUAACCCGUUUUAUUCAAAUAUACUUUGGUGUUGGAAAUCAAACGACUAUAAGUUAGGUUUUGGGUCUUAAAUUCCGCGUGACAUUUGCAGAAUCAUCUUAACAAGUCGUGUGAAACGAAACCUUUUCAAGAGAAAACAGCAGGAUGCAGAGUGACAAGGAUGAGUCCCACCGCCACAUGGGCAUCACCUGCAGCGGUUGCCAACGCCACAAUUUCCCGGGCCGCCGGUUCCACUGCCUGGCCUGUUUGGAGGAGUUCAACCUGUGCAACGGGUGCUACGCCCUGGACGUGACCACCGAGGAGCACAAGUUCGACCACGCCAUGCACUGCAUCCUGACGCCGGCCAGCCUGGCUCUGUUCUACACCAAGGAGGAACUGGGCGCCGGCAAAUUCCCCAUGCUGAUUCGCUGUCCCUACUGCAAGAUAAACAACUUCAACUUGGAGGAGUUCGAGCGGCAUUUGGCCGAGCUGCAUCCCAGCGCGGACCCCGAACUGCUGUCCUGCUACAAGCUGAACGUUUAAAGGACCUUUUGGGGCUCUGAAAUCAACAUUCUAGGGCUUCUGUUUAUUGCACAUUCCGUUUGGGGAAAAGAGCCUCUCAAUUAACGUUAAUUAGUUGUGUAUAAAGCCAAUAAAUUAAGCAAUACAAUAUUAA